AUGAAACGCUCACGAGAGGCCGAAGAGGAACACCCGUCCUCUGGCAUUUCUGCAGACGAGCGUAGCAGUCCGGAGACGUCCACUUCAGAUAACCGCGCUGCCAAAAUCACUGGACUAGAGCCCGCCGUCGAGGGAGGAUCGGAGGUUUUUGCCAUGAAAUGUUCCCUUCCGCCUCACAAGGAGGCCCUGACUUUCAAGACAUACGACGACUACGAGGCGCACUACAUAGCCACGCACACCAACAGGUGUCUGGAAUGCGGGAGGAACCUACCGUCGGGCCAUCUGCUUAAUGUGCACCAUGAGGAAUGCCAUGAUUCCUUCGCCGCUGUGAAGCGGGAGAGAGGAGAGCACACGUACUCCUGCUUCGUAGAGAGCUGUGAGAGGAAGUGCAUGACGCCGCAGAAACGCCGGAUGCACCUCAUCGACAAACACGCGUUUCCCAAAAACUACUUUUUUGCUGUGACCAGGGAGGGUGUCGACGGGCGACGGUCACUGCUAGUAGAAGCAGGUCAUCACCGGCGGAAAUCGUCAAACGCUUUCGGUGCACCCAAGGAUUCGAAGCGUAGGUCAAGCAUUCUAGACGCGUCCACUUCACAAGGCGGAGAGUCACAAAAGUCAGGAGAUGCUGUGGCCAAGUCCGAGGCCAGCUCAGUGCCCGCGGAACCAGCGAUAACGGAACGUCCAGACACGGAAAUGGAGGAUCUCGCUGGUGCAAUGUCGGCGCUGAACUUUGUGCCAAACAGCGUGCGGUUUGGCAGGGGCGGAGGACGAGCAGGCUUUGCAAAACGAUGA